UGCCUAUAUUUUGACUUAGAGCCAGAAUAUUUAUGACGAAGGACCAUUCUAGCUCACUAAAACAGAAUAACACCACCCCGAACUGCAUUGAACAUAACUAACGCUCUACCCAACAGAUCGAGAUGUAACCCUUUUAGAAUGGAAGUAGUUAAGUAUUUGAUGUAUCCAUUAUUCAUAAUCCAUUUGAAUUGAUAUGUCUACGGAUGUACGUCAUAGUUUAUUAAUAUCAUAUUUUUAGAAAAAUAAUCGCGAUAUGCUGUCAGUCUGACAUAAAAACCAGCUUAGUCAUUUAAUAUUUUUACACAAGAUUUUUUAUGUAUGCAGUAAUUGAUCGUAUUUGCAAGUUUGCAAUUUAGGUCUAGUAUACCUCCUACACAUGAAAAUCAGUGAACAGUAAAUGAUAUACACUAUAACAAUGUAACUCUUCGCAUUAUAGCUUUAAAGUUAGUACAUUACAAACUAUUGUUAGAAUUUCAGAUAAACUUAAAAUUAAGUAUGCAUAAAGAUUCAGACAGAUACAUGUUUACAAGACAAUCUAGGUAAAUUCCCGUGACUCCAAAUUCAGUCAAAUGGUCAAAGUUCAUAAUAUCAAAAUAUUUCCAUUUUCUCAUGUUGUCUCUUUUGAUCAACCAACUGUCCAACAGUCUCUUAUUUCGCUUAUGACAACAAUCAAAAGAUAUACUAAACCAUUUAACGGACAAUUUACUCCGCGGGUUGCCUUAAACCCUGGGUAGAUUUAGCAAAGAUGUUGCAAUAUUAAAUAGGAUGGUUUAAUCGUCGUGAAUUUAUCCGUAGAUUAAGAUCAUUGUCACCAAUUGUGAAAAAGGCUUAAAACAUAUUUUAAAGGUCAAGGAUUACAAAACAUUCAUUGAACCGAUUCUUCUUACAGCAUAUCCUAAAUACUACGAAAUAAAUAAAACUACUUAAGUAAAUAGCCCAAGUAUCACAUGUUACCGAACUCAUUCAUUCAAAUAUAUUUUACAAUUUUCUGUAUCGUUUAUAGAGUGGAUUUACUGAACCUUACAAACUUCAUAAUAUUUGACAAGCUAACUGUAGUAAAACUGUUGAAUUUGCGGUAAAAUAUGAAUAUAAAUUAGAUUCAAGGAACAAUUGGAAUAUAAGAAAUAUUAUUUUUGCUGUGAAACUGGAUAUUUCAAGUAGAUCGACACUUGUGGUGAACGUACGCGGGUUUAAAGAGUUUUCAUAAAUGCAUACAGGAAUGUUUUUCGAACAGAUGAUACAAGGAUAGCGUUUUACAUGUAUACUAUAUAUAGAUUUCACAGAAGCUUCUUAAAUAAUAUCACGGUGUAAAAACAGUAAGGAUGCAUACUGACAUAACAGGAAAGAUAAUAUUGAAGCCAUAGAUAUCAUGGAAUGAAUUUAAAUUAAGAUCAGCUGGAUAACUGACUAAUACUACGCAUGAUAAAGUUAAAAAGUUGAAAUAAAUUUUAACGCCUUCGCUCAAUACCAUGACUAGGCGUCAACUUUCAAAUUAGUCAUCCCUAUAUAUUAAUAUAAUAUGUGUAUACAUAUGGGUGCAAUAGUAAAUAGGGUCUAUAGAGCAAUGUCUAAUACGAAAAGUGUACAAUAGACCGGUUUUAUAGGGCAUGUGUAAGGCGUGUGUAAUACGUAACGUAAGCAUAUCAGGUUAUGCAAGAGGUACCUCGAAUGUAGACGAUAUAAUAUAUACAGAAAUAUACAAUGGUAUGUAUAGUGCGCUAGAUGAAUUUCUUAAAGACACGUAGACUAGUACAUCACAAUAUAUUAUACACAUAUGCGGAAAGCUAUCAAACAUUUUGAAGUACCCUUAGAUAAUUGUAUAGGUAUGAAGUAUAAAAACAUGGCAUCAUAAAUGUGUGAAGCUGAGAACAAGUCAUGACUAGGCACUUUAUAUAAUUUCGUAAAAAGUAUAUAACGUGUUAAACUCAUGGACAGCCCUUCUUCAAAUGUGAGAAAAGACACAGAGUAAAAUACCGCAUUGUAAUAUGAAGCAAUGAAGGCAUUAUAGAAGAUGAAGUUAAGAGCUGAUUCUUUAGUUAAAAAGUCUUUAGCAGCAUUUAAUAGCCAUGGUGAAAAAUGGAUGAACUGGAGGAAAUGUUAACAAAGAGUGAAGCUCUGAAUUGCAACAAAUAGUAUUUAGAAAUGUGCUAAAGCACUGAAGCCAUUAUAAAUAUGGAGCAAUUUAUGGCAUGACAAGAUACUCAAGUAAACAAUAUAUUGAUGAUUUAGCACAGUUUGGCUAGUGUUUAAUACAAAAUGCAAAAGAAUGUAUGUAAAGAUGCCUUGGUAUAAGAAUACGUAAUCUAAUAGAUAAAGUGCUCUGAAUGAUAUAUAUUAACAUUGGAAGUAUGUAAUGAAUGAUAUGUAGCAAACUAGAUGCAAAUGAUAGAGUAUAGAUAUGUACUAUAAUAAGAAUAAGAAAUUUGAAGACGCACGGUUCUGGACUGUGCGGUUACCAAGAUACACAUCUGGCACGGAGACAUACCAGUAUGAAGGUAGACUAGAGGUGCACAAAUUUUAUAAUGACCACAACAGAGAUCAGGCGCCACCAAGUUGGUUUAUACCGCAUUGCUCACGGGAAAUGGGAGAGAAGCUACUGGAGAGAGCCAUAAGCAAUAAUUAUGGAAACACAUUGAUGCGUGAGAGCACAUCCCACUUAAGUAACGGAAGUUACGUCAUUUCUAAAAUAAAUAUCAAUAAGAGAGAUGGCAGCGUUGAGUUUGAGCAUUUUGAAGUGAUUCGAACUGCACAGGGGUACAAAAUAAAUGUAGAAAACCGACACCUGCCAAUGAAGUGCCUUAAAGAUGUGAUGGACUAUUUUGUCGGUACAUCUGGGGGUAGCACAAGACCUCUGCAAGUGAAUGAUCCAAAGGUUCUAGGACAAGACACUCCUGGAUAUUCAACUCAAAUAUUAUAUAAGAGGCCAGAAUCCUGGAAAUGGCCUCCAACAGAUUCAAGAGAUGAGCCGGUUCCAGUCGGAAAUCCACAAUAUUACGACCAGCCAGAUUCACCUCCCCACAACAGUAGAUUGCGCAAUCUGGAGCGAUCGCAAACAGUAUCAGCCGGAAUACUCCGAAACCAGGGACCGCUGACUUCUCCUGGCGCAGCAGAAAGAAAAUCAGUUGGCUGGUCCUCGGUGAUAAAUACACCUCCACCAGUACCUGACCAUUCUAAAACAUUUGCUGGUUCCCGAACUAAACCCGGAUCUGUGCCGUCAAUGUCUGAACUAGCGCAAAGGAGCAAUGAAGCAGAUCAGAUAGAGAAAUUUGACACGAUGCUUAGCGGAUUUGAAAGUGGGUUUGAACGUACCUCGAUCUAUGUCAAUUCAAAGGCUGGCCACGCGGUGUCUCCUUGCCCUGCACCCCCACCACCACCAGUGGCACAUCAGCCUGUGCGACCUCGGUCCUAUGUAAAUGUUAAUUCAGAACAUACAGACCCAGCUUUAGAUGCUUUGCCUGUAGCUCCCCCUGCACCCAGGGAUCCAAUUGUGUCAUCACCGCCAGCCGCUAUCACGAGAAAUUCAAUAUCCAAAACAUCAUCAACUGGCAUCAGUUCUUCAUCACACUCCCCAGCAGCAUCAGUAAAACUUAGAAACAGUUCUUCAUUUGGCUCAAAUAACGCAAAAACUGCUCAAACUAGACAGAACGUGUCAAAAUCAGUAAGUGAAAGCCAGCUUAAAAAUGUGAGAUCGCCUGAUUCACCAAAGAAUUUCCCUACUUGGGGCACACCUAAACAGAACACAGUUUUACAAAAUCAGACUAAAAGAACGGAAGUUGUAACCGGAGCAAGUGCCAAAGUGGACGUGCAAGAAGCAGGUGUUGAUGAGAAGACUCCGGGAGGAGUUUCUACACUUCGAAGUAGAUUCGAAUCAACUUCAUCGGACUCACCAUCACCAUUAAAACAGGGUCAUGUGAGAAGUUCACUACCAGUCCGAUGGUCCCUGUCCAGCCAACUCUCAGAGACGAUUGAUGACCUGGAUGACCUUUAUGAGUACCUGUCAGAGGAUGGUGUAGAUCAUACUAACAAUAAAAUGCAAUUUACUAACACAAAUAACCAAAAGCCUACAAAGAAUACACAGUCGAUGAUUAUUAAUUCUAAUGCUUAUAACGACUCACUAUUGGCAGUUGGUAGUACACAUUCCCUAAAGAGCGCACCAGGUCCGUCAACUCCCGCAUCAGUAUAUGACAACAGACAGAAAAUGCCGGACCAGGAAGAUGAUUUGUAUGAUGACACCGCUCUUCCACAACAACAACAAUCUGCUGACAGAAAGGUUCAGUUUCAACAAAAAAGGCAGAGUUCUGAACAAACCCCUGUAAAUAAACGACUGGAAACACGCCGCCAAACAGAACCUGCUAUUUCAGUUUCUCAUACCCAGUUCGAAGAGGACGCAGUAGGAAGAUUAAAUCAAGAUUUCAAGAACAAAUUAGAAGGUCUGUUUGGCGGAGCUAAAGCAGCACCAGCUGCAAGUCCAGGUCCUCGGAAGCUACCAGGUGUUCCUGUUUUGAGAAUGAACAGUACAGAGGAUCAUGAGUACCAGGAAUUACCGGAUGUGAUACCUCCGGAUGCCAUCACUUAUGUUAAUGAACGAUUUAAUGUUGAUCAUGAUAAUACAUAGAAAUUCUAUAGUGACCUCGGCUAUUAUAGCUUUAUCUAUAGAUUCUCAGCCAGUCAGCAGUAAAGCCAGUGUUCUCAUAGCAGUCCAGCAGUACACUUCAAGCACUUGAAAAGUUAUUACACCAUGCUGUCUUUUCGUGCUUGAAAAAAAACAUGCUGUUUGGGCGUUGCUUGCUUUUUGCAUAGGGAAUACAUACCCGGGGUUUCUGUUUCAUAGUAGUGUUUCUCUUUCAUAGCAAAACUGUGUUAUUAGCAUUGGAAACUGUGAUUUUCUGAAUAAGAAACAUUUACAUUUUUCAGGAAAUGUAUAGAACUACAUAUAAGUAUCAUUCCGCCGUGUUCGAGAUCAUCUAUCAUUACGUUUGUAGGUCGUAAAUUAUCGAGCUUCUGCGGUUCUAUUUUUAUGCGUUUUUUUAUUAUGGAUAAUCAGAAAUUCUGCUAAAAUGUACUCCUAUAGCCUUUUUUUUCAGAAAAUUUUUACUAUAAUGUAAAAAUAUGCUUCCGCCUUAACAGAAUGAAAUAAAAGAACUUCUUUGAAUCUGACAUUGUACGCCGUGUUGUUGCAGGUGACGUUUUGUGACGCCAUUACAAGCCAUUAGUAAAAUAAAAUGAAAAUCUGUUUGUAUUACAUAUAGGACUUUUAGUUCAUUUGUUGAAGAGUCGAAUCUCAGUACUGCAACGAGUAAUAACUCCUGCAGCAAAACAACCAUGUUUAACAACCUUCAGUUUCUUACGAUUAGUGUCACCUUCUCUUAGAAGGACAGUCGCCUAUGUUCAUCAGAACAUUGCCUCUUCGUUAAUAACAGGCUGCUUCAAAUUCCGUUUGCACAAUGUACACAAUCCACAUUUAAAGAUUUCUGCAGUACUUGGCUUUUUCGGCGUACAUUUUACCAUUGCUACCGAAUUAUAGAAAAUUUUAUACAUUUAAAAGAUUGACUUUGGAUACCAUACAAAAACAGUAGAUCUUGCAGCUGUAGAUCUUUUUGAAACGUUAUCUGAAUUCCACAUGCCCUUUACUAGUCUUAUGAAUAAUAUGUUGGCAACUUCCUUUGGGAAAUAUUAUCUCCGAUCUUAUUUACCACUUUCUUUACACUCGUGUCAGAAUAUUAAGUCUUCAAAAGCAUUAUAAAUUGCACGCAAAUUUCUGGAUUACAAGUACAUGUACUAAUAAGGCAUUGUAAUAAAAAAUCAAUGAAAUACAUAAAUUUCGAAACUUCUUUGCACACUUAUUAGUGAUUUGCAUUCCAAAAUGUCCAAUUACAAUUUGAAAACCACUUAUAUUGAGGUGAAAUAUCGUUCCAUCUUAUACUGCGCUACCGGUACUAUUCCAUUUUGCAUUUUUUUUACCAGCAAAUCUAUUUUUUCCAGUCUGCUUCUUCAAUGGUACCAGACUAGUUGUUAUCCUCGUCUGCAUUAUUUGCAAGGUCUGAAUCUCUUUCAUACCUACAUUAUAUUAUUUAUUUUAUAUGUAUCCAGAAAAAAAUCUUAACAUGUAUGCAUGUCCUUCUUCCACGAAACGAUAAUUAAGAACUCAGAUUUUCAUUUACUUUGAGACAUUAGUAGAUAUCUUUUAUUAAGUUUCAGUUUCAUGCAUGGGAGCUUAAGACUGGGUUUGUUCAACACCUGUCUAAUAGGUUUUUGUUACCAGAAAAAAAUCGGAUGGGUGUGUAAGUGUUGCUGGAUGAGGGUUGGGUCUGUUCAUCCAGCUUCCUUUUAGCAUAUUUUGUGAGCAGAAUUGAUCUUGAUAAACAGGACCAAAAACUUAUGAUCAUCAUUACCAUAUACGUCAUUUUCAUUGUACAUGAGCAUAUAUCAGAUGUUAAUGUUAUAUAUUGUCAAUUUUCAUCUUAACAGAUAUAUAGUUUUCAUACUUGUAACUUAACGGACAUGUGAUAGUUUACAAAUAAAACAAUAAAUGCCAUAGAAUGAAA